AAUUUUAAACGAAAUAAUUAAACAGGAUACUGAAGAAGAUUCAGAAAAGGAACAAUUCGAAGCUGAAUACACUAACAUCUAUGCCAAUGAAGAGGCACGCAAAGCUGAAGAAGCACGCUUGGUUGAAGAAGCACGUUUGGCUGAAAACACGCGUUUAGCUAAGGAAGCCCUCGAAGCCGAAGCACGAUCAGUUGAAGAGGCACGAAAAGUUGAAGACAUGCGCAAAGCAAAAGAAUCGCGCUUGGCUGAAGAAGCGCGUUUAGCAAGUAAAGCUGAAGAAGACCGUUUGGAAGCAGAAGCUCGUUUAGCUGAACAAUUACGAAUGGAAGAAGAAGCUGCACAAAAAGCAGAAAAAGCUCGCCUUGAAGAAGAAAAACGCCUACGAGAAGAGGAAUUGAGUCGUUUAGCCGAAAUCGAGAAACAAGCUGCGGAAGAACAGGAAGCAGAAUUGGCGCGUCAAGCUGCAGAGCUCGCUGAAAUCGCACGCCAAGAAUUACAUGCUAUACAGCCAGCAGAUGAAUCAAGUUUCUCAGGUUUAUAUAGCAUUGUUACAGCCGAAACUGUCAUGGAGCAACCGGAAAGAGCCAUCUCUGAAAUUAAACAGGAACCAAUAAUUGAAUUGUCCUCUCAUAUUGAGGCAAUAAAAUCUGAGGGUGAUGCCGUAGUGGCUCCGGAGGAAGAAGAUGCAGAAGAGUAAAAUAUAUCAAAUAUGUGUUCAAUAUGAUUACUUAGCUGAAUUUAUUUAGAUCAUAUUAAGAUGUACCUAUUGUUCCUUCCUAACAUGUCGCAUUCAAAUAUAUAUGUAUGUAUGUACCAUGAUUCAAUAAUAAAAGGUUUGUUCAGAAAAUAUUUUUCUCGCCCCCUCACACC